AUGACUAUGGAUAUUGGACAUCUUGUCGAACAACAUAUCAUGGUACUGUUUAUAGUACUAAAAGAUUGGUGGCGUGCUCUAACCCAUUUUAUCAAAGGUGGACAUCCACUCAAAGAUCUUUCUUCAGAAAUUAUUCUUAUUACUGGAGCUGCAAGUGGUCUUGGCAAAGGUGUUGCUC